AUGGAGUGGUUUGGAUAUAGAAAUAUUUAUCCUUCAAACGCGCAGAAAGUGUAUUAGAUCAGUUUCCGGUUUAUUCCAGAAAUUUAAUUCAGUUAUGGUUCAUAUCUGUCAGUGCCCAUAAAUUUUCUGGAAGUUUUCAAGGUAAAACCAUAAUACGAUCUAAAUUAUUACUUUAUUGAUUUUUUGUCAUAAGUACCUUUGUAUCUUGUAGUUAAUGAUAUUAAAUAGUAUUAUGUUCAAGAGAAUGAUGUGUUAAUUGUAAAUUUUCAUGGUGAUAUAAAUGGAAAUAUCAUUAUAAACAAAGAUGAGUUUAUUUUAUUUGAAUUUAGAAUAUUUAAUGCUGGAUAAAUAGGAGAAAAAAACUUAUGGGAGAAAAGUAGUUAUUUAGUUUUUCAUGCACAAUUAAAAAAUCUAGGCUUGACAAUAGAUGUCUAAUUGAAAAUAUUAAGCUCCCAUUUAUAAGUCAAAAAUUACUUUAGAAAGCUAUUUAUCUAGAAACGCAAUGGCAGAGUUAUUUGCAUAAACCUAAUUAUGGAUAAUAUAUUGCAUUUAGUUUUAGAAGUAUUCAAGAUUAUUAAAAUUCUUCAUGAAGUAAAAAGUAGUGCUCAAAUGUCUACUUUCAAAGGUAGUAUGAAAUAAUUUAAAUAUAGUCCUAGUAAUAUAAUUCAUUAACUAAGAUAACAAUUAGUUGAAGUAAGUGAACCUUAUGCCCUUGAUUGCAAGUGUAAGACCAUCCUCAUUGUUGAUGAUGAAAUGA